AUGGCGGACAUUUUACGCGUUUCACACCGACGACCCCGACAAUUUCGACGAGUUGAUCGACAAUUGACUGACUUUACGGACGAGGAAUUGCGGAAACGGUAUAGGUUUUCUGCUGACAAUAUUGACAGACUAGUCAGACUUAUUGGACCACUUUUGGAGCGACAGACCCGUCGGAAUCAAGCCCUUACACCCCGACAACAGAUUUUGAUUACCUUGAGGUUUCUUGCCACGGGUAAUUUCAUGCAGGUUAUUGGUGACACCUUUGGUGUGGACAUUGCUACAGUUUCCAGAGUUAUCACAAAAGUGACUGACAUACUUUUCGGACUGAAGGACCAGGUAAUAAAGUUUCCAAUGACCGACACUGACCGACGAAAAGUCAUGAAUGGGUUUUACGCAAUACGCGGAUUUCCCUCAGUGAUUGGAUGCAUAGAUGGAACUCACGUAAAACUGAUAUCCCCAGGACAACCAGAUGAAGCAGCAUAUGUUAACAGGAAACAUCAGCAUAGUAUAAAUGUACAGGCAACUUGUGAUCAUAAAGGUACAUACACAUAUACAGUAAACAACUUGAUUUCCAAUUCAGAUUUUGUUGACUUAUAUUAUCUACUGCAGUAA